AUGAUUAGUCAUCGAUUAAGAUCACUACCUGUAACUGGUUAUUAUGAAUAUUUAUCACAAACACGUUUCCGUGUUAAUGUCACUCCAAAUGAAGGUAUUGACAGCGAAGAAACACCAAUAAAAAAUACGCCACAUUGUGUUUCAAUGUUGAUGGAAAAUGGUAAUAAUAAACCUUCUUUAAUAAAAUCAUCAUCUCUCGAUAAUGUACAACAUCAAUUAUCGAAUCUUAAUGAUAAAGAUGUAACAAAAUGGUCAUCGACAGAAGUACAACGAUGGGUUGAAGAUCAAUGUCGAAAAUUUGAAUUAACAAAGGCAACAACGGAAAAAUUUCAAAUGAAUGGUCAAGCAUUAGUAUUAUUGACUAAACAUGAUUUUCUUAGACGUUCACCUGAUGGAGGUGAAAUACUUUAUUAUGCAUUACAACGAUUAAUUAAUCCAAAUAAAUUCAAUUCAGUUCGUGUUGGUCAAAGCUUAUUUAAAACUAAACCAACAACUCGUCAAAAUCCUCGAAUUAUUGAACUUGAUUCAGAUACAGAUGAACAUAAUAGUGUUACAAGUAAUUCAUCAUCAACAAAACCAAUUGUUGAAGAACCUGAUGAUCCACCAUUAAGUCGUUCACCAGAUUCCGAUUCACUCUAUGAAAAUUAUCAACAACAACCACAACAACAAUAUCCUCAUUCAUUUAUUUAUAGCAAUCCACACAUACGUCAAACAGUUUUUACAAUACCAACAGCACCUACAGCUCCAUAUUAUCAUCAACAACAAGCAUAUCCGAAUGCUUAUAUGUAUCCUCAACAUCCUAUUCAUCCGACACAUCCCCAAAUGCCACAACAACAAUUUUUUCAUGCUGCACAUCCACAAGUACAACCAAAUAUACAUUUUAUGAAUCAAUAUUAUCCAAUGAUGGCUGCACAAGGCAUUUUAAUUGAAGCCAUAGAGCAUGAAGAAGCAAAUAAUCUUCUUGCUAAUGGAGUUACUUCACCUUCACAAUCGAAUGAUACCUCAACUACUGGUGGUCUUCGUUUUGAUGGUCGAGAAAAUCUCUAUUUAGUUACAAUGAAUGGACAACGAUUUAUUAUGACUGAAGAAUAUAUUAAACAAAUUGUAUUAGAAAUUCAGCAACAACAACAACAACAACAACAACAGCAACAUUUUCAACAACAACAUUUUCAUCAACAACAACAACAACAAUUUCAACAACCACAUUAUUCCUAUCAACCACCACAUCCACAACCACAACAACCAGUUCAUGACAAUGUUUACUAUACUACAUGA